UUUGAUAAUACAAUCUAUGAAAUUGAUAAAAGUCAGUCUUCAUGGUGAUGUUACGCGAUACUUGUGGGUGUAAGCUAGAAUAUGUGCAUUUAUUGUUGAUGUGAAUCUCAAAAAUUCAAGAUGACUGACCGAAUUCGGCUUUCGGACCUGGUUUGGAUAAAGCCACAAGGAAGGUCAGAAUUUGACAUUCCCGUGGCGGUCAAAAUCUUAAACAGUUCCGGCGACAGGAUCCAGGUUCAGGAUGAUGAUGGCAAAGUGUUCUCGACCACGGUGCAUGACGUCAUCAAACCUCUUCAUGCGACGUCAAUUUGUGGAGUGGAAGACAUGAUAACUCUUGGCGAACUCCAGGAAUAUACGAUACUCCGAAAUCUACAUUUAAGAUAUAAUGAGCAAUUGAUUUAUACAUAUACGGGUUCCAUGUUAAUAGCUAUUAAUCCAUAUGAAAUUCUACCAAUUUAUACCAUGGAUCAGAUACACUUCUAUCAAAACAGUCAAAUUGGAGAUAUACCACCACACAUUUUUGCCAUAGGAGACAAUUCUUACAGGAAAUUGAUCGAGACUUCUUCCAACCAGUGCAUAGUUAUCAGUGGAGAAAGUGGAGCUGGAAAAACUGAAAGCACUAAGCUAUUGUUACAAUACUUAGCAGCAGCUAGCGGAAAACACUCUUGGAUUGAACAACAAAUUCAAGAAACCAAUCCUAUCCUUGAAGCUUUUGGUAAUGCUAAAACAGUUAAAAACGACAAUUCAUCGAGAUUUGGGAAAUAUGUGAACAUUUAUUUUAACAGAAAAGGUAUCCUUGAAGGCGGGAAUAUUGAUCAAUAUUUAUUAGAAAAGUCACGUAUAGUAUUUCAGAAUAAAGGGGAAAGGAACUAUCAUAUAUUUUAUUCCCUCGUCAGUGGGCUUUCGGCUGAUGAAAAAAAAAGGUUAGAUUUGAGUCGUCCUAAUGAUUUUACAUAUUUAAAUUCUGGGAAUAUGUUGACCUGUGAUGGCAGAAACGAUGGCUUGGAAUUUUCAGAUAUACGUUCAGCCUUUAAAGUACUCAAUUUUCCUGAAAACGAUGUGUGGUCAAUUUUUAGUUUACUCGCCGCGAUCUUACAUUUAGGAAAUUUAAAAUUUAAAUCAUUUAACGUUAAUAAUAUCGAGUCUUCAGAAGUAGUAGAUGCUGUGAACGCAAAUAGAAUAGCUACGCUUUUGGGCGUAAACAAAACUGAUUUAUGUGAGGCAUUGACCAGGAAAACUUUUGUUGCUCACGGAGAAAAAGUUGUUUCUACAUUAACAGUGGCUUCUGCCAUCGAAAGUAGAGACGCACUUGUAAAAGCCAUUUACGGGCAUAUAUUCGAGUAUAUCGUGGAUACUAUUAAUAAAACACUGCACAAAGACCAACAAUUGACAAGUGGAUCGGUUGGAAUUUUGGAUAUUUUUGGUUUUGAAAACUUUGAUUCUAACAGUUUUGAACAACUGUGCAUCAAUUACGCAAAUGAAAACUUACAACAAUUCUUUGUCAAGCAUAUUUUCAAACUUGAACAAGAACAGUACGAAAAAGAAGGUAUUACAUGGACAAAUAUCAACUACGUUGAUAAUCAAGAAAAUCUGAACAUGAUCGGAAUGAGACCAAUGAAUUUAUUAGCGCUCAUAGAUGAAGAGUCACGGUUUCCUAAGGGGACAGAUAUCACACUAUUAUCAAAAUUAAAUAGUAAUCACAGUAAUAAGAAUUGUUAUAUAGCUGCAAAAUCUUCCCGUGAACAUAGAUUUGGCGUUAGGCACUUUGCUGGAGCCGUGUUUUAUGAGGUUGCAGGUUUUUUGGACAAAAACAGAGAUUUGCUUACAACAGACGUAAAGGAAAUUAUGUUUGAUUCGAAUAAUCAAUUCCUUAAAGGAUUAUUCGCAUCAGAAUUCACUGAAACGCGCAAUAGUAGUCGAAAAACGAUUUCUCUGAGUAAUCAAUUCAAAGCUUCACUUGAUACUCUUAUGAAAAAUUUAUACGCAUGUCAUCCAUUUUUCGUUAGGUGUAUAAAACCAAAUGAACUGAAAAAACCAAGGGUAUGUGUAUUUAUUUCUAUUAAUCUACUAAAUUCAGACAAACUUUUAAAGCUUAUAUUUGUAUUGUGUUUACAGGUUUUUGAUAAAGCGCUCUGUGUGAGACAGCUAAGGUAUGCAGGUUUAAUGGAAACUGCAAAAAUUAGACAGGCUGGUUACCCAAUACGAUAUACCUACGUCUCAUUUGUUCAUCGUUACCGAUUUUUAAUACCUGGAAUACCGCCCGCGGAAAGAACAGAUUGUAAAAGUGCUACAAAAAAGAUUUGUACUGAAGUUUUAAAAGAUCAAGAAUUCCGACUUGGACACACUAAAGUGUUUUUGAAAGAUACACAUGAUUACUUACUUGAAGAAUUGCGGCACACUAUAUUUACAACAGCUGUCAUUAGAGUCCAAGCGAACGCAAGACGGUUUAUUUGCAGAAGGAGAUUCUUGAAGAUGAGGGCUGCCGCUAUAACAAUUCAGAAACAUUAUCGUGCCCGUGGUUUACGCCAUAGAUUCCUUGUAAUGCGAAGAGGGUACUCUCGUAUUCAAGCCGUUAUUAAAUCAAGGGAAUUGAGACGCACAUUCUUACACUUGAGAAGCUUCUUCAGAAACUUACAGGCGCAUUGUAGAGGCUACCUCAUUAGAAAGUUAGUAAAAGAAAAAGGAACCUUAAUAAAAGCUAAAUUGUUACAACUUAAAUCCGAAAAAGAAAAAUUAGAAAAAUCUGGAAAGGACGAACAAUUUAUCGCAGAUGAUCACGAAAAGAAGUUUACUGAACUGUUAAGGUCCAUUUGGAUAGUAAAAGAAAUUGCUGUCGAUGAUAACGAACAGAACAUCUCAGCUAUUGAUGAUAGAUACGUAGAUGAUGUUUUCGGUUUUCUUAAAGAUAGUUCAACACCUGGUGGAACUGUGCGUGGAGCCGGAUUUGGUGUUACUUCGACAGCUAAGCCAGAAAUGUCGUCAAUAAUUCCAAUGCCACAAGAAUACGAAGAAGAACAGUUUGAUGAAUUCAACUUCAGGAAAUUUGCGGCGACAUAUUUCUCUGGGAAUACAAGUCACCAAUAUUCCCGCAAACCUUUGAGACACUCACUAUUAGAGCUACCGUCACCAAUGGAUAAAGUUGCGUCUCAAGCACUGUGGAUAACGAUACUAAGAUUUAUGGGUGAUUUGGCUGAACCUAAAUAUGUUGACGAUAAAAUUGAUAAUAUUCCUGUUAUGACUAAGUUAACUGACACUAUUGGCCGAGCUUUUCAGAAGAGCAAAGAAUUUGAGGAAAUGCUAAUCAAAGAUGGAAAUCAAAAUAAAAGUCGAUUGGUUUCCAAAACCUUGAAGAGGCAAUCUAAAUUAAAUGAAGUAUUCAUCAAAAACUUAUUAAAUGACGAAACAACCAAUGAAAUGUACAGUCAUUGGUUGAAUUCGCGACGCAGUACGAACUUAGAAAAACUUCAUUUCAUUAUAGGUCAUGGAAUUAUCAGAAAAGAGCUAAGAGAUGAAAUAUUUUGUCAGCUCUGUAAACAAUUAACGAACAAUCCAUCAAAAACAUCACAUGCUCGUGGUUGGAUACUUUUGUCCCUAUGCGUUGGUUGUUUCCCACCCUCGGAGAGAUUUGUGAAAUACCUACGCUCUUUCAUUCGCGGAGGACCACCGGGCUAUGCACCAUAUUGUGAAGGUAGACUGGUAAGGACAUUCAAGAACGGUCCUAGAACCCAACCACCUAGUUGGCUAGAAUUACAGGCAACUAAAACUAAGAAACCGAUUUUACUGACCGUCACUCUGAUGGACGAGUCAAUUAAAACUGUGCAAUCGGAUUCAGCAUCUACGUCGGAAGAAAUAUGUCAACAGAUAGCAGACAAUAUUGGUUUAACGGACACUUUUGGUUUUUCACUGUACAUAACUUUGUAUGAUAAAGUGCUUUCAUUGGGUAGCGAAGGAGAACACAUCUGCGAUGCGAUAUCGCAAUGUGAGCAGUUUGCCAAAGAACAUGGCACUCCUGAAAAGAGCGCACCAUGGAGAUUGUUCUAUAGAAAAGAAGUUUUUACACCUUGGCACAAUCCCGCCAUUGAUCCUAUAGCGACUAAUUUAAUUUAUAAUCAAGUAGCUAAAGGUGUGAAGUUCGGAGAAUAUAGGUGUAAUUCAGAAAAUGACUUGGCGAUGUUAGCUGCUCAACAACAUUACAUCGAAUACGGUUCUCGAUUAGAUCCAAAUGUUUUAAGAAAAGUUAUUGUUAACUAUAUCCCGAAUCAAUUUAUUCAAUCGAAUGAUGCUGCCUUAACGAAAUGGGAACAUUUCGUAACGAAAGCAUUUGAUUCAUGCCCCAAUAUUAAAUCGAAAAUAGAUCCUUUAAGGUGUAAAGAAGAUAUAGUCAUUUUUGCAAAACUCAAAUGGCCCAUGUUAUUUUCAAGAUUCUUCGAAGCUCUUAAACUAAAAGGCGAUGCUAUCAGUAAAGACAUUAUUAUCGUUGCUGUAAACUGGACUGGCAUAUAUAUUGUUGACCAACUAGAGCAUAUACUUCUUGAGAUAGCAUAUUCUGAAGUGACUUAUGUGGCCUACGAUGACGAUACUGACUUGGAAAACAUAGGAAAGGUCACUAUCAGAACAAUACAACAAGAAGAAUUCGUAUUUCAGAGUGUUGAUGCAGGAGAAAUGAGUUCCUUAAUCAUAUAUAUUAUUGAUGGUUUAAAAAGAAGAUCUGCAUACGUUGUGGCCCAGAGUGAUUCGCAAGGUUAUGCUGAUGCGUCAUCUUUCCUUCAAUUCAAAAAGGGUGAUCUUAUUACACUUUUGCAUGAUUCUACCGGAGAGACUUUAAUGAAUGCCACAUGGGGUCAUGGAGCUUGUAAUGGCCAAGAAGGUUUAUUCCCUACCGAACAAGUUUACAUUUUGCCAACAUUAGAAAAACCUUCGAAUUCUGUACUCGAAGUAUUUAAAAAGGGGACAGUAAACAAUGAUAAGAAACCAUACCAAUACAAUACAGUGCAACGAAAGAGGAUGCACACGUUAGAGAAAUACGCGAAGGAAUACUUCAGGGAAAAUUAUGAUGUCAAUACAACGGUAUCACGACAAUCAACACUAACUACCGCUAAGAAACCUAUUGCCGGAGAUUUAUGGGUGCACAGUAGAGAGCCAAUACGUAAGCCAUUGUUAAAAAAAAUACAAGAUGAUGAGAAACUAUCUAAGAACGCAAUCGCUGCUUAUUACGCAAUCUUGAAAUACAUGGGAGACAUGCCAGCACCAAAACCUAAGUCGGCCACUGAAUAUACAGAUGAAAUAUUUAAAAAUGCAAUAUCGGAACCCGCAUUGCGAGAUGAAAUAUACUGUCACAUAAUGAAGCAAUUGACCAACAAUAGAAUACAGUUGAGUGAAGAGAGAGGAUGGGAGCUGCUUUGGUUGGCCACUGGCGUCUUCGCCUGUAGCCAAGUUUUAAUGAAAGAACUAGUUGAAUUCCUUAAAACACGACCUCAUCCGAUAGCCAAAGACUGUUUGAAACGAUUAUUUAAAACACAAAAAUACGGAUCAAGAAUGUAUGCUCCGUACGUUGUAGAGGUAGAAGCUAUUCAACAUAGAAGUAUGCAGAUAUAUCACAAAGUAUACUUCCCAGACGAUACUGAUGAAGCUUUCGAGGUGGAUUCAUCUACAAAAGCGAGGGACUUGUGCGAGCAAAUAACCGGAAGGCUAAAUCUGAAGAAUAGCGACGGUUUUAGUUUGUUUGUAAAAAUAGCGGACAAGGUGUUUUCUGUCCCAGAAAACUAUUACUUCUUCGACUUUGUUCAUGAAUUAGUUGAAUGGAUGAAACAAACGCGGCCAGUUCGAGGAGGUUCAACACAAAUGCAAAUGAACUACCAAAUAUUCUUCAUGAAAAAGCUAUGGAUUAACACGGUUCCUGGUAGAGAUAAAAAUGCUGAUCAAAUUUUUUAUUUUCCUCAAGAACUUCCAAAGUACUUGAGAGGAUAUCAUAAGACUUCAAAGCAGGACCUCGUUGAACUUGCUGCAUUGGUUUAUAGGGCUAGAUUCGGCAGUGAUCAAUCAUUAUUAGCACAAAUAUCCCAUUUGCUUGAAGAUUUUGUACCCUCUGAUAUGAUUCGAAUACAAUCGAAUUCUCAGUGGAAAUCUUCAAUAGUGACUGCGUACCUGCAACAUGGAAAUAUGACUGAAAGCGAAGCUAAAGAACAAUUCUUAAAGAAAAUUUAUCAGUUACCUACAUUCGGCACAGCUUUCUUCGAAGUCAAGCAGACUUCAGACCCUGCUUAUCCGGAAAUGGUAAUCGUAGGAAUAAAUAAAAAUGGCGUUAGUCUUGUUCAUCCACAAAGUCGGAAUUCAUAUUAGCUGCCUUCUUUCACCCUAUUCUGGCUGCCUUCUUUGCAGGGUAGGUUUAAAGCUACGUAUCAUUUCUCGUAAACUAGUCUCGCGUUUGAAAUAUUUAUGUUCUUUUGCAGGAUGUGUUGAUCACGCACCCCUUUUCACAAUUAUCUAAUUGGUCGUCUGGAAACACAUUUUUUCACAUGACAAUGGGAAAUUUCUUAAGAGGAACUAAGAUACUGUGUGAAACUUCGCUUGGCUACAAAAUGGAUGAUCUUAUUUCAUCAUACAUUGCUGUCCUCCGUGCUUCUUUAAAUCAAAACAGUAGAGGUUAAGGAUGAAAAUAUUUUAAUUUGUAGUCAUAAAUACUGUAAACUAGACACAUCUAUAUAAUAAUAUAUAUGUAGUAUUUUAAUAAAUUAUUGUAAAACACA